CUCAACUGAUAAGAUUUCCUCUGUGUGGCUGCAAAUGCUUCAUUACUUCAUGACCCAUCAAUCCAAAAGGGGAACCUUCCCAUAAAGUUCCCAACUUUAGCCUAAACCCAGCUAAUGGCUAUUCCUUCAGUCUCGCUACACCCUCCUUCAGACCUUCUCUUGCUCCAAUUGUGCAACAACAUCCAUGAAGUGAGACAAUUACACGCCAAGUUCCUAGUUUCGGGGUUAAUCAAUCACCAUCCAGUUGUUCCCAGGAGGCUCAUCCAGGCCUAUGUAGCAACAUCCCACGUCGAACCAGCCAUAUCCAUCUUCGAAACAUCUAUACAUUCUCCCGACGCGUUUCUGUACAACACCAUCAUCAGAGGCCUCAUUAAUGACUCCUCUCCCGACCGUGCUAUCUUGUUCUACAAGAAACUCUUGCUUGAGGGUACAGUAAUCCCAGAUAACUUCACGCACACGUUCGUUCUCAAAGCAUGCUCGCAUCUACAAGAGGAUGAGGCUGUUUCCGUUGGCAGGCAAGUGCACUGCUGGGUGAUCAAGGCUGGCGGGGAACUUGGUAGUUAUGUUCAUAGCUCACUCACUCAUUUGUAUGCUACUUUGGGUUUCAUGGACGAGGCAGAGCACGUUCUCGGUGAGUCCUUCGAGGAGAACGUGGAUGCUGUCAACGCGAUUAUAUCAGGGUAUUGUAGGUGUGGACGAGUGGAUGAGGCUAGAGCUAAGUUCGAGGGGAUGACAGACAGGAACGUUGCAUCGUGGAGUGCUAUGAUCACAGGCUACACACGGAAUGAGAUGGAUUUAGAGGCAUUGUCUCUUUUCCAGGAUAUGUCUGUGAGUGAUCCGGAACUUAUCCCGAACGAGUCGAUGGUGGUGAGCUUACUAACAGCCUGUGGACGCUUAGGAGCUUUACCACAGGGGAGAUGGAUUCACAAGUACAUCGAAAGGGCUGGGAUGAAGAUUUCUACCAAUGUUUCAACAGCUCUCAUUGACAUGUAUGCCAAGUGCGGUAACAUACAGUGUAGCUAUGAAAUAUUCCAACAUAUAGCAUCGAGGGAUAGAGAUAUUGUCUUGUGGGGAACCAUAAUCUCGGGGUUGGCCAAGCACGGCCAGGCAGCAAAGAGUCUGGAGUUGUUCGAUGAGAUGAUUGGUCAUGGUAUCCAACCCAAUGGAGUUAUCUUCACAGCUGUACUUUCUGCCUGCAAUCACUCAGGGCUCAUCGAGAAAGGGCAGGAGUGUUUCAAUCAGAUGGCGAAAGUAUUCAGGAUAGUUCCAUCCAUUGAGCACUAUGGAUGCAUGGUGGAUAUGUUGGCUCGAGCAGGGAGGCUAGCAGAGGCAGAGGAGCUCAUUGCAUCUAUGCCCGAGAAGGCGAACUCAGUGAUCUGGGGAGCAUUCCUCAGCAGUUGCAGGAUGCACAACGAUGUACGAAGAGGCAGCUGGGCCUUUCAACGGCUUAUGGAGGUCGAGCCACUGUCAGGGGAUAGGUGGAAACUAGGAGAGUUGAUGUUUGGGAAUGCAGGCAGGAAAAUGGAAGCAACUAAGAUUAGGAAGUUGAUGCAUGAAACUGAAAUAGAGACAACAGUAGGGCGCAGCUUCAUUGAAGUUGCUGGUGUUGUCCAUGAAUUUGUAGCGGGGGACAUUAUGCAUAAUAAAGCUGAAGAGAUCUACAGAAUGUGCAGAAGCAUCCAUAGAACUAUGAGAAAAUCAUUCAUGAACAUGACAAGUUGAGAUUACAACAUAGAUGAGAAUGUUACGAGGUGCAAAUUCAAGACUCAGAACGGUUCUAUAGCUUACUCAACCCACAAUCAUCUAGUCACGAACGAGAUCUGCAAUGUAAGAAAAUGGAGCAUGUUUGUGGUUCUACACUUUUUCAGUAACAUCAAACUAUAAGCCAAAUCGUAGGAAUGGAUUCAUUCAACAUGAAUCUGUUCAAAGUUCCUACAAAAUCACACUACAGGAAGAUACACCAUCGUAAUUAAUAGUCAUCGCCUCUUGAUAUCACCUCUUUGCAGGUUGGGCGAAGCAAGAUUGUAUGCUCAAACUGGGACACAUAGCUGCCCUUAACAUCGCAAAGAGGAGGGUACGGCUGCAAUAAAAGAGCAAAUUGUUAACUGCCACAACUUCAACAGUUCAGACUUCAGACAUUAACAGCUUCAACAGUUCAAGUCAUAGUUCUUUGUAGCUAUCUAGAAAAAACAAAAAGAUCUAAAACUA